GUGCCGGUCCGGGUAUUUAGGCGCAUAUUUUAUUAUAUUUACGUACCAAGUGGCGUAGAGUAUCACAGUGCUGUAUAUUUAGUUCUCUUAUCGCAUUCGAUCGGACUGUGGAUAUGAAGCACUUCAAUGGGCUACACAGUUUAGCGGGAACAGGCGCACUGCAACGGGCCCUAUUGUCCAGGAAAUAUGCUCCACUACACAAUGGGAGGUUUGUAAUACCGCCAAGGCUAACUGAUCGGGUGGACUGUUCUCCUAGGAGUCGCUUCUACUCAACUUCAAACGAAACGCCACUGCAACGGUAUGAUAGUAUGGUGAGGAGCUCUCAACUCAACGGAGAUGAAUAUCAGCGCAAAAUCGUCAGCCAUCUAGAUGAAUUAUACCACACUGUUCUGAAUUAUGAACCAACUUCGACACCCGAACCUCCCACUGGUUUGCUAUCGAUGUUCGGGAUGGGCAAAUCAGAGCCAGAAGUGACGGCGCCCAAAGGAUUGUAUCUGUUUGGUAGCGUUGGAACAGGGAAGACCAUGCUUAUGGAUCUUUUUUAUGAUCAAGUGCCGGUGCAGAAGAAGAGGCGGAUACACUUCCACGCAUUUAUGCAGGAAUUCCAUUUAAGGGUACAUAAAUGGAAAAGCAAUGGUGAAAACAAAACUUCAUUCGAUCCUAUACCUCCGAUUGCUGAGGCCAUAGGCAGAGACACAUGGUUGUUGUGCUUCGACGAGAUGCAGGUCCAUGACAUUGUCGAUGCCAUGAUACUGAAAAGGCUCUUCACUCAUUUGUUUAAGAAUGGAGUUGUGGUUGUAGCAACGUCUAAUCGCCACCCCGAUGAGCUAUACCUGGGUGGGCUACAAAGGGCUGGGUUCCUACCGUUUAUCGAAGUCUUGAAGGAAAGAUGCAAAGUGUACUCGUUGAACUCUGGUCUAGAUUACAGGAAAGCAGAGAAGUCACAAGCUAAUACAUACGUGAGCGACCCGAUGGAGCUGGAGAAGCUCUUCAUAAAGCUUGCGGGAUCGUCGACGCAAGAGUCUGAGGCUGUGGAGCUGACGGUGUAUGGUCGACCUGUACGCGUUCCCAGGUCGGUGGGCAAUGCCUGCUACUUUACGUUCUCAGAAAUUUGCAAGAAGGAACACAGCGCUGCUGAUUACCUGGAAAUAUGCCGUCAAUAUGAGACCAUCUUCGUAGAGGACGUACCCGUCAUGACACUGGCUCAGAAAAUAGAGGCUCGGCGCUUUAUUACUCUCAUCGAUACCAUAUACGAUAGCAAGUGCAAAUUUGCCUGCUCAGCUCGUGAAGAUCCCAGACAUCUAUUCCAACUGGACGGAGAACUGUCAUGGCAGCAAAGAGAGGCUAACAGAGGACUUAUGGAUGACCUUGGAAUAGGGACGGAUAAUGCCACAGCCAGCGUUUUUACCGGCGGGGACGAGAAGUUCGCCGCAGAAAGAUGCAUUUCAAGAUUAAUCGAGAUGCAGUCCGAACAAUAUUGGCAAACGACGUGGUGUCAGGGCACUAAAUUAGCAUCCUGAAUAGUAAUUAAGCCUUUUACUUUAGAAUGAUCAAUUGGUAACGAUAAUAAACAAAUGAAAACCAAC